CGCGUCACUACGCGUUUUCCCUACUGGAAGCUCCUCCAAAUUUAACCACAACCGUUUCCUCUCUCUGCAUAUAUAAUAUAUAUAUCCUGACAAUUCUUCACUCAACGCAUCCUCCCCACUGUUACAGCGAACGGCCGUUGCCAUGUCUUACUUUACAAAUAGUUCCGGGUCUGCUUCCACCGGAUCCGCUACCACCUCCAGUAGUCUGGGAGAUAUUAGUGCCGAUAUAACGCUGUCCUCACCCCCGGAAGACAGUAUCUCUGACCUAGAGUUCUCCACGAAGUCAGACCUUUUGGCAGUCGCUAGUUGGGACAAGAGAGUUCGCAUUUAUGAUGUUUCUCAGACCGGGGCGAACUCCGGUAAAGCGAUUUACGCACAUGAAGGGCCCGUUCUCAGUGUGGCUUGGUCAAUAGAUGGUGAUAAACUCGUCUCAGGAGGUACCGAUAACGCUGCAAGACUGUGGGAUGUUGCUACAGGUCAAAGCACUCAGGUCGCCGCCCAUGAUGAUCCAAUCCGCUCUGUUCGUUGGUUUACUCCGCCAGGAGCUAACGCCCAAAUGGUGGUCACAGGAUCAUGGGAUAAAACAAUCAAGUACUGGGACCUAAGGCAGCAGCAACCUGUUUGUUUGGUGAAAUUGCCCGAGCGGGUUUAUACGAUGGAUGUUUCUCGGGACUUACUGGUCGUAGGGACUGCAGAGAAGCAUCUCCAAAUCAUCAACCUGAAAAAUCCGGAAACCGUUUUCGAAUCAAGGAUUAGUCCGCUCAAGUGGCAGACCCGCGUAGUUGCCUGUUUCCCAGAUGCGUCGGGCUUCGCAGUCGGUGGUAUCGAGGGGAGGUGCGCUUUUGUCUAUCUUGACCCCAAAAAUACCAAGUUGGAUUUCUCGUUUAAAUGCCAUAGAACAGCUAGAACUAGAGGCGCCGGCGCUGAUGUUUAUGGAGUGAAUGCUAUCUCCUUUCAUCCUGUGCAUGGAACUUUCUCCACUGCUGGCGCUGAUGGAACCUUCCACUAUUGGGACAAAGAUUCCAGAAGCAGAACCAAAGGGUUUCCUCCUGUCGGUGGAAUAAUCUCCGCCACCGGCUUCAAUAGAAAUGGCUCGAUCUUCGCCUACGCGGUUAGCUACGACUGGAGCAAAGGCCACCAACACAACACUCCAACAUACCCGAAUAAGAUAAUGCUGCAUAGGGUGGGCGAUGAGGAAGCAAAGCGAAAGGUUACCUCGAAAUACUAA